CUGGAAUGUGUAAGCUCUUGUGUCUGGAUAUGUUUCUCUCCAUCCAUCAAUAAUUCUUAGUAGCAUUUUGAGGCUGUCGAGUGCGUCUACUGCACUUUUGUUGUCAUUGUGUGAUGGUAAUCUGUCUAUGGCCGCUUCGACUAUAUUCAUGUCUCCAGCCAUAAUGUCUGGUUUCCUGACUUGCGGGUUUCCUUCUAUGUAUGUUGCAAUUUCCUGCCAGAAGUCUCUGUUUUCUCCUACUUCGUUCGGAGCGUAUACUCCAAGGAUCGACAGUGGCGAGCCGUCCGCAUUUUUCAUUUCGAUGAUCAUGGCUCGGCCUGGGAUGACCUCGUGUGUUUUGAUUCCAUCUGCUUCUGCUCUUUCCUUGUUUAUCACGAAUGCUAGGCCUGCGGCGUUUACAGAUCUUGGGUUUUCUGUGUGUAGAAUCUUCAUCUUUCUCCCAAACAGUGCGUUUACGUUUUCUUCCCGUGUUUGGUUCAUGUGUGCCUCGCUGACUAUGAGCACCGCUAUCUUUUCUUCUCUCAUUACUUGCCACACUCCAAACCAUUUGUUCUCUGGGUGGUGUAUAUUCAUGUUUCCGUGGCCGCGUAUGUUCAGCGCAGCAAUCUUGAGGGCUGCCUUCCGUUUCUUAGUGCUGCGUGUGCUCGUUGUCCUAUUCUGUGUGUCUGGCCCUGGGUAUGACCUAUGUGUCACGCUUGGUGCGUUUAGCUCUAUGGGGUUCUCUCUUCUGUUUGCCAUAUCGGCAUGUCUGCUCUCUGCGACUUGUGUGGCCCGGUUAUCUCGGGGAGGGGUCCGACUCUGGGAUCCACGCACUCUCUGUGCGUCAGCAUCUACGCUGAUGCCCCCCAACCGACUCUCUGCGGCUGGAGUUGCGCCUCGGGGCCCUUCAUCGGUGCCUUGGGCAUGAUUGCUAUUCCUCCUCUCGGAUGGAUGGCUUUCGUCCCCAGGCACCUCCAGGCGACGAUUUGCCGAUAGUUCACUUCCUCGCUGAUCGCUUUCUUCGAGCACGGCCGGGUCAGUGUGGGAUCCACGGCGCUCUCCAGCUAUCAGCGUGCCUGUUGCCGAUUGUUGUGUUUGGUGCCGUGUCUCGAGAUGUCCUUCUCGCUGGACUUGCGUUAUCUGUUCUGUUGGGUUGGUCGCGUAUAUGGAGACACAGCAUAGGCCCCGCAAUGGCCUAUGCUGUUUAACGUCUCAUCUCUUUCAUUGGGAGUUGUCAGCGGCGUACGAUGUGUGUUCCGGGCACAUAUCUACUUUCCGCUGACAUACCAGGACUGCUGGCCGGCGGACUCCGACCUGAAUAGGUCCCGCCGUUGCGGCGUGUCGUACAAGGGCCCAGGGGCCCUUGUGCGGCACGCGUUCCCUCCCCCGUUUCCCGUCCUGAGCUCGAGAGAGCUCAGUCGGUAAGUGUGGCGGGUUCGGG